AUGCAAAAGAAAUCUAUACUCUUCGUGUGCACUGGAAAUAUUAUCAGAUCUCCAGUGUGUCAAGGAAUCUGCGAUAAGAUCACUGGUGGAGCUUUAAGAGUUGAUUCCGCAGCAACAUCAGGUCUCCAUAGAAAUGAAACAGCUGACGACCGUGCUGUCCGUAUUGUGAAGAAGCAUGGUAUUGAUAUUAGUCAGCAUAGAGCUAGAACAAUCAGACUUGACGAUUGGAUCUUGUUUGAUUAUAUAGUUGCCAUAGAUAAAAAAGUUUAUAACACAUUACUCAAAAUUAAGUCAGAAGAUUCAAAAGCAAAACUUAUGCUUUAUUCAUCUGAAGGCAUUCCAGAUCCAUACUUCUGA